UGCAAAGGUAACUGUGAAGUUAAUUGAUGGGAAGGCGAAAAAAAUUGUAAGGUUUAUUGCGAUAAUUUGUGUAGUUGCAUGAAAAUGAACAAGGAUUACUGGCCAUUCCCUGUGUGUGCACCUCCAACCCGUACCAAGCUGCUCACUUUCAUCAAUACCUGUAAAGGGUAUACCUCAAGAAAUAUCUUGACCAAAUUAGUUCAUAAUAUGAGGGAAAUGGUGCAUAUACUGCCGUAUGUGAUGGUCAACUAAAUUUCGUAGUAACACUACCUAACAAUGACAAUGUGAUAGAGUAAGCGAAAAUAAAUCAAUACGCCAGAUAUAUUGACGAUCCAUGUAAUCGCAAUGGAACAGAUUUUCUC